UACCAACGGCCAGCAUAUUGGGUGGACCUGAUUUGUAUGUGGACAGAGGAAGUACAAUUAAUCUGACAUGUGUAAUAAAAUUCAGCCCUGAACCACCGACACACAUUUUUUGGUAUCAUCAAGAUAAGGUACUUUCAGAGGAAACUUCGGGUGGUCGUUUGAAAUUCAAAAUGAUUAAAUCCGAAGAAACCAAAUCAAUAUUACUCAUCAGCGAUGCUGAUCUACUUGAUUCUGGCAAAUAUUCCUGCUACCCAUCGAACACGGAGAUAGCGAGUAUACGCGUUCACGUGCUACAAGGUGAGCGACCAGAAGCGAUGCAAACGAAUUCUGCACCCACAUCGCGACAUAGCGCUGCCGCCCAGCCAACCAAACUAAUCAGCGCGGUAGUCGGUGCAUUCGUUUUAUUACAAAUAUUAACAUUUUGUUGCAACAAUACAGGCAACGUAGCGAACAUAAGAUUUACGAGCAAAGUAAAAACAGCCUCCAUAGGAUGGCAGCUUGCAACAGCCAAAGCAAUUGUAAAACACACCCCACCCAGCAGCACGCAACCACAGCCGCAGUUACAGCGACAACCACAGCAACAGCCACAGCAGCAAGUGCAGCAGCCAUAUCAAACGUUCGGUCAUAGAGUUGCCACAUUGCUUGCCAUAGGCCUUGUUGCACUGCACCAAUGACACCACUGUUGACAGUAAACUUGCGCUCUCAAGCGAACACCGAAUACAAGAUGAUGCAGCCGAGGAUGUUACUCAACAGCAUCACCACCAACAGUUCCACCAGCGUCAGCAGCCAUUGCUGACUCAACAAACUGUUUUGUACUGUGAUGUUGCUCUCAAAGCAUGGUCGACUGCGCGGUGAUAAACUAGUUAAUCAGCAAUAGGGCGAGCGCGGUUACAACCUAGUGAUGUUGGAGUGAGGACGGUUGAGCGGUUACAUCAACAUACAUAACUGUUGAACAAACGGCAGCGGAGGUGAUUGCAGUUGUGCGCGAUUUGCCUGUGACUCGCUCGGUUGUAAUGCUGACUGUAUGGGCAAAUGCCCAUCCCCAAGAACACUGCACAUUUCAAGUGGGGAAAUUUAUAAAACUUGGCGCGGCUAAUUACAAAGUAUACGCGUACAUUUUUAUAUACAUAUGCAUGUAAAAUACAUACGAACAGGUGUGUGUAUGUACAUACUUACCUAAGUUAGUUAUGCAUAAGCAAAGUAAUGAGAAGUCAUAUACAGACUGGGAUGCCAGUGAAUAAAUUUAACCGGAUGGUUAGUGUGUAAAGCGAAUACUUGAUUAGAUAAACUAAAAGUUAUACUUAACACGUAUGUAAUAAGAAAUUUAAAUAUUUUAAAUAAGAUGUAAUACUCGUUAUGUAUAAACAAACAUGUAAUAUAUGUAUACAAAAUUUAUAAAAUGGCACAAAAAAAAAC